AUAACGCGAGCGUCAAUUUGCAGGAGCCCAAAAAUGGGAAUACAUCUCUCCUUAUUGCAUCCGAUAAAGGUUAUCUGGAAAUAGUCUAUUGUUUGAUUAAAAACCAUUCGAAUGUUAAUAUUUUGAACAAAAAUGGUCAUUCUCCGCUUUAUCUUGCAAUUAAAAAAGGCAAUAAAAAAAUCGCUGUUUUGCUCAUCGAGAAUGGAGCAAAUGUUAGUUUUGAGCUUGGACCAUGGAAACGUGCUAUUUUCCGUUGUGUUGUGAACAUUGUUCCAGGAAUCGCGAGAAAAAAUCAGCUAAUCGCCACAUUGAAUAAAAAAUCCGUGUAUAUCGAUGAAGAUGUCCGAGCUGCAUUUUAUGAAGCCAUCGGAAAAGGUGAUGUAAAUUCCACGGAGUUAAUCGUCAAAAAUUGUAUCAAUAACUUAAGCAAAGAUUGGUUGUCAGUUCACAUCGCUGCAAGUAAAGGUCACGCGGAAAUUUUAAAACUUCUGAUUCAAAAUGGUGCAAACGCAAGAGCCACAGAUAAAAAUGGAACACCACUCCUCUUUGUAGCGGUACUUAGCGGUCAUGACAAAGUGAUUAAUACUUUGAUUGAACACAAUGUCGACAUUAAUAUGAAAAACAAAUACGGUAAAGCUGCUUUGCACGUUGCUAUCGAGGCCGGAUUAAAACGAAUGGUUGAGUGUUUGAUUGAAAAUUCGGCAAAUGUGAAUGUUCUGGAUGAACAUGGAAAUAGUGGGCUCAUCCUCGCCAUAAAGAAAGGUUUUGAUGAAAUUGUUGAACUGUUGAUCGACAGCGGAUCAGAUUUUUAUUUAGACUAUGGAGAACCAGGGCAAGCUGCCAUCGGCUGUGUUACACAAAAUGCAAGCAGCAAAGUGAUCGAUGCACUUUCCAGGAAAGGCAUACAAAUUGCCAAAGAUUGGGAAGCUGUACUCCGGAAUGCAUCUGAAAUUGGCGACACGAGGGGAACCGACCUAGUUAUUAAAUUUUGUGUUGCCAACAACAAGACGUUGAAUGAAAUGCUUCAUUUGGAAGCCACCAAUGGUGGCGUCAAUUUGAUGAAGGCUCUGGUCAAAAACGGUGCUGACAUCAAUUCUACUGAUCAACGGCAGAAAGCACCCCUUCAUAAGGCGGCUACGAAUGGUCAUGCGAAUAUCAUCAAAUUUCUCAUUGAGAAAGGAGCUGACGUAAAUCGUACUAACAACAUAGGGGAAACGGCUCUUCAUUUAGCCGCUAUGCAUGGCAAGUUAGAUGCCCUUAAAACGCUUAUCCAACUUGGCGCCAACAUUGAAGCCAAGGACUAUGGCGGUGAUACACCACUUUUUGAGGCAGCAAUUAAAGGACAUGUCGAUAUUGUGAAAACGCUCAUCGAACACGGUGCCAAUGUCAGUGCAAAGGCAGAAGCUGAUUGGUUACCAAUUCAUGGGGCUGCAUUAAAUGGUAGACUGAAUGUUACUAGCCUUCUUAUUAAACAUGGUGCCCAAAUAAACGCCAAGAACUUCGGUGGAGAAACACCACUUCACCUGGCUGCUCUUAACGCUAAUUGGUCAUUAAUUCUCCUGCAUUUAACUGUGUCGACUUUUCUUCUGAUGUUCUUUUCGUUUAAAAAUUUGUGCAAACAAAUUCAGGUCAUGCUGAUGUCGUUCAGCUUCUCAUCAAGAAUGGUGCUGAUGUUAAUGCUCGCACUGAAGAGAAUGAAACGCCAUAUGACCUCGCUAAUAGUAAAAAUCACACGGAAGCGGCUAAAUUAUUAUUAAAAGAAGCUCAAGCUUGAGCUCGUUCUCAGAGCUCAAGCUCCAGCUUGUGCUCAGAGCACGGUUCCAAAGACAUCUAAUACAUUUUUCAGGCCUUCGUUCAAAUUUUUGUUAAAUAAACUUGUCUAAUGAUAGCGAACAUUUAUUGCCUUUUUCAUUCACUGUAAGUUGGCUACAAAUCAAUACUUUCCUUUGUAUCAUUAAUCUGAUUCGAAUACCUUCAAGAUUAUGAAUAGAGUUGAUAAGUGAGCACAAUCGAAUCGACAUUAGGCUUCACCAAAUUAAAGAUAUGAAGCUGUCAAUCAAACAGUUCGAACAAUUUGAUUCAAAUCUAAAUGUUAUCAGGGCAUUUCAAUUCAUGUAAUAAAUUCUUCU